AUGAACAUACAAGCCCGCCACUGUUACCACGCCCACAAGCCCGUCACCGCUCGCCCGUCACCGUUACCACGCCCACAAGCCCGUCACCGCUCGCCCGUCACCGUUACCACGCCCACAAGCCCGUCACCGCUCGCCUGUCACCGUUACCGCGCCCACAAGCCCGUCACUGUUACCAUGCCCACAAGCCCGUCACUGUUACCACGCCCACAAGCCCGUCACCGCUCGCCCGUCACCGUUACCACGCCCACAAGCCCGUCACCGCUCGCCCGUCACCGUUACCACGCCCACAAGCCCGUCACAGCUCGCCCGUUACCGUUACCACGCCCACAAGCCCGUCACCGCUCGCCCGUCACUGUUACCACGCCCACAAGCCCGUUACCACGCCCACAAGCCCGUCAACGCUCGCCCGUCACCGUUACCACGCCCACAAGCCCGUCACCGCUCGCCCGUCACUGUUACCACGCCCACAAGUCCGUCACCGCUCGCCCGUCACUGUUACCACGCCCACAAGCCCGUCACCGUUCGCCCGUCACUGUUACCACGCCCACAAGCCCGUCACCGCUCGCCCGCCACUGUUACCACGCCACAAGCCCGUCACUGUCACCACGCCCACAAGCCCGUCACCGUCACCACGCCCACAAGCCCGUCACCGUCACCACGCCCACAAGCCCCCCCCCAAGCCAAGCGUCGCGUGAUCGUGGAGCCCCCAAGCCAAGCGUCGCGUGGUCGUGGAGCACCCCAGCCAAGCGUCGCGAGGUCGUGGAGCCCCCAAGCCAAGCGUCGCGUGGUCGUGGAGCCCCCAAGCCAAGCGUUGCGUGGUCGUGGAGCCCCCAAGCAAAGCGUCGCGUGGUCGUGGAGCCCCCAAGCCAAGCGUCGCGUGGUCGUGGAGCCCCCAAGCCAAGCGUCGCGUGGUCUUGGAGCCCCCAAGCCAAGCGUCGCGUGGUCGUGGAGCCCCCAAGCCAAGCGUUGCGUGGUCGUGGAGCCCCCAAGCCAAGCGUCGCGUGGUCAGGGAGCCCCCAAGCCAAGCGUCGCGUGGUCGUGGAGCCCCAAGCCAAGCGUCGCGUGGUCGUGGAGCCCCCAAGCCAAGCGUCGCGUGGUCGUGGAGCCCCCAAGCCAAGCGUCGCGUGGUCGUGGAGCCCCCAAGCCAAGCGUCGCGUGGUCGUGGAGCCCCCAAGCCAAGCGUCGCGGUGGUCGUGGAGCCCCCAAGCCAAGCGUCGCGAGGUCGUGGAGCCCCCAAGCCAAGCGUUGCGUGGUCGUGGAGCCCCCAAGCCAAGCGUCGCGUGGUCGUGGAGCCCCCAAGCCAAGCGUCGCGUGGUCGUGGAGCCCCCAAGCCAAGCUUCGCGUGGUCGUGGAGCCCCCAAGCCAAGCGUCGCGUGGUCGUGGAGCCCCCAAGCAAGCGUCGCGUGGUCGUGGAGCCCCCAAGCCAAGCGUCGCGUGGUCGUGGAGCCCCCAAGCCAAGCGUCGCGUGGUCGUGGAGCCCCCAAGCCAAGCGUCGCGUGGUCGUGGAGCCCCCAAGCCAAGCGUCGCGUGGUCGUGGAGCCCCAAGCCAAGCGUCGCGAGGUCGUGGAGCCCCCAAGCCAAGCGCGUUGCGUGGUCGUGGAGCCCCCAAGCCAAGCGUCGCGUGGUCGUGGAGCCCCCAAGCCAAGCGUCGCGUGUGGUCGUGGAGCCCCCAAGCCAAGCUUCGCGUGGUCGUGGAGCCCCCAAGCCAAGCGUCGCGUGGUCGUGGAGCCCCCAAGCCAAGCGUCGCGUGGUCGUGGAGCCCCCAAGCCAAGCGUCGCGUGGUCGUGGAGCCCCCAAGCCAAGCGUCGCGUGGUCGUGGAGCCCCCAAGCCAAGCGUCGCGUGGACGUGGAGCCCCCAAGCCAAGCGUCGCGUGGUCGUGGAGGCGCAGAGGAAACUUAAAGUAUAAGGAGUGA